AUGUGGUUCCGGGCUGCUGCAGUUGUCGGGGGAAAGGAAUUGAGGGACCGAUUGAAGUUCCGGCGGCGGCAGAAUGGUGAGGGCAUGAAAGCUGUCAAUAAGGUUGAAAGAGUCCAGGAACUAUUUACAAGGACACUUCACCUGCGAGCCUUUCAGCCUAAAGCGCCAAAAACUAAGAAAGUGCCGGAGACUAAGGUUAUCCAUCCAUAUAGCAGAAAGGCUGCACAGCUAGUACGGGAGUCGCAUAAACAAGAGAAGAAAGAUAAGAUAAAGAAUGAGAAAGCUGUGCGCCUCAGUGUCAUUGGUGAAAAACUGCUGUGGUUUCAAAGUCGUCUUGAACCCGAUAAGACUGAGUACAGUAAGCAGGAAGCCUGUGCGAUUAUAGAACAGUAUUUGCACAGAUUUGAUACUGAGUUAGAACAAAUUGAAUUGGCAAAUAGCAUUAAAGGCAGACAAGGAAGACAGCACCAAGCUCGUGAAGCCAUUCUGAAACAGACAAUUGAACGUGAAAGGCUUCAGUAUGAAGAAAAUGGUUUAGAGAUUCCUGAUAUUAUCAAUGUAAAGCACCUAAAAGUCUUCAGAGAAUGGGAUGGUAACCUAAAAAUGCUCCCAAACAUCAAAGUGAAGAAAGUCUCAGUGAAAGAUUCGAUUUCUACCCAGAAAGGAAACACAGAUGAAGUAGACUUACAAAAACUACAGAAUCAAGAUGAUGUCUCAGAACAUUAAAGAAUGAGAAAAUGUCCUUUUAAGAAAAGGUGCUCUGCCAACUGUUGAAUAAUGUGAUUGUCACAUUCACUGUAGAUGUACACAUGGUGAAAAUGUUAAUACCUCAGACAUCAUUCUUGAGCAAGUGUACAUUUCCUUAAUAGUUUUAACAUACCAAUUUAUAGGUGAAAUGCUAUUCCUGGAGAAUAGUGAACAGGAUGUGCAAGAGCUUUGAAUGCCACAGUUUUUCUGUUAACCUUCUCCAAUCUCUCAUUAAAAUAUUUUGUCAUGUUUUUCCUAAAAUGGAAUGUAUUCUGAAGCAGUCAGAUUAAACUUUUAAAAAUUGGUGGUGAAGCUGUUCUGACUCAUUGCUACCACAGCUUGCUUAUGUUUUUUUUUGUGAUUUAUUGUUAGAUGAGAUUUUAUACUUACUCCAUUAACAUCAGAAUGGAUCCUGAGAAAUAUGUAAAUUUACACUGCCUUUUUUCCCAGUUGCUAUUAUUGUGAAAAUACCUUGUCACUCUCAGUUAGCCUGACUUCAGUGGCUGGAAAGAGUUGGGGUCCCUUAUUAAGGAUAUGGUUUUGGGGUAUUUGGGGUAUUUUUAUAAUAAACCAAGCCACCAGCACUCAAAUAUUAUGGAAAAAUAGUGUGGUUCAGGUGAGGAUGACCAGUCUUCCCAAUUUAAAACUGUUGGCCACCUGCAAAAUAUCUUGCCAACAUAAUCCCAUUAUUCAUUAAGCCAAAGAGUGAAUAUGAAUGGAUGGUGUUCAGAAGAGUAAUGCAUUAAUAAAAGUAGUGGGAAGGUAGAAGAUUGGCAAGCUUUUAAAAACCGAUAGAAGACAACUGAAAUAAAUUAGGUAGUAUUGAGGAAGCAGUAAGGAUGUAGACAGAUUUGGGAAUUGGCAAAUAAAUGCCAGGUGGAACAUCGUGCACUUUAGCAGAAGAAAUAAAGGCAUGUUCUAUUUUAUUUUCUAAGUGGGAAGAGAAUCAAUAAUCGGAGGUGUCCUCAUGUAGGAUCUCCAUACCACCGACAGUGCAGUUUGAGUCGGUGGUAUGGAGGGUAAAUGCAUCGUAAGCAUUGAUUUUGAGAGGACUCUUAAUACAAGAGCAAGGCUGCAAUGCUGAGGCUUUAUAAGGCAAUAUUGUGAGCAGUUUUGGGUCUCAUAUCUAAGAAAAGAUAUGCUGGUAUUGGAGACCAGAGGAAGUUCACAAGAGAAAUCCCAGGAAUGUAAGGGUUAAUCUAUGUGGAGUGUUUGAUGGCUCUGGGUCUGUACUCGCUGGAGUUUUUUAAGAAUGGUGGUGGGGGGUGCUCAUUGAAACAUACUGAAUGUUGAAAGACCUACAUAGAGUGGAUCUGGAGAGGAUGUGUCCACUUAAGACAGCUGGACAGGAUAGUUCAUUAAGAUAGAUGUUGAUAGGUCCUUGGUGUCAAAUGUUAUGGGCAGAAAGCAGGAGAAUGGGGUUGAAGGGAUAAUCAGCCAUGAUAGAAUGGCAGAGGAUGCUCAUGGGCUGAAUAGCCUAAUUCUAAUUCCUUGUGUUUAUGGUCUCAUGCAUUAGCGGAUUGGAGCAUUUUUUCUGCACUGUCAAGUUUGAAGCAUGUGCUCAGUGUCUUGUGACCAAGCUAUUUUGAAGAAAUGUUUGUGACUGAUUCGGAAUAAUAUAUAUCUGAGUAACCUGAAGAUAUAUUUUUUGUGUAUUUAAAAGAAACUGAAUUACUUCUUUAGUAUGGCCUAAUUCCACACUAAUAAUUAAGAAUCCUGUAAAAGUGUGGCAACAAAAAACAAACAGCUGUUUUUCCCAACCAUUUUCUACUAAGUUACCAGAGAGGCAUAAUAGUGAACUUUGACUGCAAAAGGGAAUGGGCAUUCCAGCGUGGAAACUUGAGCAAGGCAGAUUCUAGGAGCCUUGUUCAUGUGAGCACUGAUUAAUGGCCUCUGCUAAGCAUCACAGGAAACAAAAUUUUCAGUGUUAAUGUUUCCUAAAUUUAUCUCAGUGAGAGAAUCAAAUAUACUCAGCUCAAAUAGAUUGCUUUCACACUCUCUGAAAUGCACAGACAUUGUUUAAUAGAGCAUCUAAAAUGUAAUUUUUAACUUUUCAUGGAGUGAGAGUGAAUUCAGUCCAUCUCAUUCCAUCUAUGGGGUGGGGGGACAACAAAUUAGUCCUAUUUCCUUUCAGCAGCAAUGUUUUCUUUUUCAUAUGCCUGGUUGAAAUUGUUAUUGAAUCAAUAUCUGUAAACCAAAUGGUAAUAAAUUGCUUCCUUUAUAGAUAUUUUAAAAAUGACUUAAACCUCUUGUACUCCAGAUGGUGACUUCUCUGCUAAUGGAAACUUGUUUACAGAAUGCAUAUUUAUGUGAUCAAAACAUGGUAUGAUUUUGAUAAAGUUGUAUUAAAUCUCCCCUUACUUCUCUAUUCAAAGGAGAACAGCAUCUGCUUCUAACAUUUUAGCACCAGUUUUAAAAAGCGAGUUGGGUCAAUCAGGACUGGCUGCAGAGAUUAAGAUUGUGGGAGGAGUUAUUUGUGGAUUUUCGUGCCUGAUUUUAAAAGUUGACACAGAAUGACACAAAUGUUGGUGGUGGUGUGGAUGGUGUAGAGGUUUGUUUUAAUUUACAUUGGGACAAUGAUAGGAUGCAGAGCUGGGUUGAGAAGUGGCAGGUGGAUUUCAAUCUGGAAGCCUGUGAAGUGAUACACUUUGAAAGGUCGAACUUGAAGGCAGAGUACAGGGUUAAUGGUAGAUUCUUGGCAGUGUGGAGGAAUAGAAGGAUCUUGAGGUCUACAUCCAUUAGAUCCCUCAAAAGUUGCUGUGCAAGUUGAUAGGAUGGUUAAGAAGGUUUAUGGAGUGUUGGUCUUCAUUUGUUGUGUGACUGAGUUCAAGAGCUGUGAGGGAAUGUUAAGUUCUAUAAAACAUUAUAGAACUCCUAUAUCCACUAGAUAUAGGAGUUCAUUGAGUCUGCUCUGCCAUUCCAUCAUGGCUUAAUAUUAUACCUCUCAACCCCACUCUGCUCUUAAUAAUCAAGAACAUCAAUCUCUGCUUUGAAUAUACUUAAAUGACUGGGCCUCGACAGAUGGCUGUGGCAAUAAAUUCCACAGAUCCACCAUAGCUGACUUAAUCCGCAAGUUAUCCUUUAGGGAAUCCUGCACAAGGACUCCCAAGUUAGACUACACUUAAGAGUAUUGUGUUCAGUUCUGGUUGCCUCAUUAUAGGAAUGAAUGGGAAGCUUUAGAGGUGGGUGCCUAGGAGAUUUAUCAGGAUGCUGCCUGGAUGAGAGCAUGUCUUCUGAGGAUAAAUUAAGUGAGCUAGAGGUAUUCUCUUCUCAGAAUAAAGGAGAAAGAAAGGUGAUUUGUUAGAGAUUUACAGAAUGAUAAGAUUGAGUGGACAGCCAGCAUUGUUCCCUCUAAGCUCUGGAUAUGUGGAUAUGUGGCUGUGCAGUAACUGAAAUGUUUCCUGAAAUUGUGCAUUAAUGAAUAUAUUCCAUAAAUUUUAUAAAUAAUAAAUGUACCACAAUCAUUGAAACAUUUUACAGCUUCAAAGUAUUUAUAUUGUCAGUGUUUCAAGUUACAAGACUGUUAGAAUUUUUAACAACGCAGAAUGGAAGUCAGUAGCUUAUUAAUAAGCAGCCACCCCGCUCAAUAUUGACACUGUGUUUUUGAAAUGUUUUACUUUUGCCAUUGUGCCUGUCAGUUAUUUUGACUGCCUGACAAUAUUAACUUGUGCUGUGGUUUGUGUUAGUUUGAUGUGAAAAUUUUCAUAUUCUAGUAUGCAUAUUAUAAAAAAAGCAAUUAACUGCCGUGCAGUUUUCGGGCCGUGUAAAAAUAGUUGGCCUGCACAGCUGUAUAUAAAAAAAAAUUAGAUGGGACGUUGACAGCCAGAGACUUUUGCUCAGGAUGGCAAUGGCUAAUACAAGGAGUCAUAAUUUUAAAGUGACUAAAUUAGUGUAGGGGGGAUGUCAGAGGUAGGUUUUUUUCACACAGUUGUAGGUAGCUGCCAGGGGCAGUGGUAGAGGUGUUUAAGAGACUUGGAUGGAAGAACAAAUGAAGGACUGUGGGGGAGGGAAAGGUUAGAUUGAUAUUAGAGUAAGUUAAUUGUUCUGCACAAUAUCAUGGUCCAAAGGAUCAGUAUAGUGUUGUACUAUUCUGUGUUCCCUAUACAUGUGAAGCCCUUCCUCUCUGGUACUGUCUUAGUAAACUUUCUUAAGGUUUAUUAUUCUUUCUGAAGUGGUAUCUGGAACUGAAAACACUAAUGUUGCACUCAACUAAAUAAAGGAUAAAUGACAAAUUAGAAAUAAACACUCCCGUGAACAGCCAGGAAGUUAACACCUUCAGUAGCAUUAUGAAAGUUCAUUGGGUUAUUGAUGAACUAGAGCAGUUCUGGCUGGGAUUCAAAGCACCUGAGUUUAAUUCCAUGAUGCUCCUGGAAAGGAAUAUUGUCACCCCAAAGAAAAGUCUAAUUGAAACCCUAGUCAUAAAUGUGCCCUACAAAUUAAAUCUCAAUAGUUGGUGCAAUGUUCAUCUAACAACCAGCAUCAUUAAAACCAGAUUCCCUGUCCAGUAAGAUGCAAUUUGAGAUCUGUGCACAAAUAGGCUUGAUACAGCGUAAAAAUAUGAUGUUUAUUCCUUGGCUGCAAAUUUUAAGGCUGUCCUGAGAAUAUAAAAGGCUAUGCCAAUGAAAAUUCUUUCUUAGCAUCAGCAAGUCUGAUUCACAUUACAGAGCAGAGUUUUAAGAAAAUCUGGUGAGAGCAUUUUUAACUAAUAGCAAUGAAGGAUGGUGUAAAAUUUCAAAAAAACCUGUAGGAUGAAUCUACAUUUCUUAAAUAUAUACAUAAGUAAAAUAAUAUAGAGACUGGUUAAAAUUACUGAAUGGUAAUUAUAGGCAAUAUUCCAAAUAAUCAAAUUUUGAUUAUAUUUCCUGAUGAUUAACAGUCCUGAUGAAGGAUCUCAGCCCGAAAUAUCCACUGUUUAUUUCCCACCGUGCAUGCUGUCCGACUUCCUGAAAAUCCCCCCAAUAUUUUGCGUGUGUGUUUCUCAAGAUUUCCAGCAUCUGCAAAAUCUCUUGAGGCUUUGAUUAUUCAUUGACUUGACAAUUCACAGGUUUUGAUUAUUGUCAUGAUCAAAUUAAGUCAAUUUGAUCAUGCAGAUCUUGUGCAAUGUUGGCAAUCUAAGGUGAUACAAAUAGACUCACUUGGGCUAAAAUUAUGUAUGUUAAAAUUACAAUAGUAAAGUAUUUCUCUUAAGCUUCCACACUUUUUAUCUCAUCCCAUGCAAACAACUAACAAACCCUCUCUCAUCGGAACACUGAAAAACAAUUUUAAUACAUUUCCACAAAAAUGAACCAAUAUACAGUAUAGCAAAUGAGUAUCUUUAUCCAUUCUGAUAGGAUAUACUUUAGAGUUGUAUUAUUUGCAAUAAAAUUGGUGUGAAACUGUGUCGAUGUUUUUAUCCAUAGCAAUGGAAAGUA